AUGCCAUUGUUUCGUCGUGCUAAAAUUAUCAAUAAUUUUGAUAUAAUUGUCGAGUGUACUGAAAAACUUUUGUCUAAUUGGCGUGCAAGUUCGAGUCAUCAUGUACAUUGUGAUAUUGUGCUACAAUGCCAAAAUCUUCUACUUGAAAUAUUUGGUUUAAUCAGUUUUGACUAUAAUCUAGAUGCACUCAACGAAUAUGACUCGAAUAAAAAUGAGCUCACGACGGCGCUCUACGAGUUUAUGAGUUCGUGUAAAUUGGUAUUCUUUUCACCACCUAUAAUAGGUAGCAUUUAUACACAUUUCAGCUAUCGACAUCGACAAGCAAAGGCUAUCAUCGAACGUUAUAUAUAUCAACUAAUGGACAAUGAAAUGGCUGAGACUAUAGAGUCAAGAGCACAACGAAAGAGAACAUGUUUGAUUGCUUCACUUGUAGCUUCCCUACAAGAGGAUGAAGAAGCGGAGGCGAAAAAAAGUGAAGAUCAAAAACAAGGUCUUUCAAAAUUAGAAGUGUUACAAGAGAUCCUCGCUUUCAUGGUUGCUGGCUUUGAAACGACGUCUACUGCGCUGGCCUGGUUCAUUCAUACGAUGAGCAAAUUUCCUGAUGUACAACAAAAGAUCAAAGAAGAGUUGAUGCGUAUUGGUGAUAAUCAGACUUUAACAUUAAAUCAGCUUGACUCUUUAGUCUAUUUGGAUUGUGUUAUCAACGAAACGCUACGCUUUCAUCCAGUUACUUACGGAACUGCACGUACAUUGACGAUUGACGAUCGUCUUCCUGAAAGUAACGUUCAACUGUAUAAAGGUGACACAGUUUUUAUUCCAUCUCACAAUCUUGCACAUGAUGCUCGAUACUGGUCAAUCGAUCCUGAACGCUUUGCUCCCGAAAGAUUUUUAGGAGAAGAUAAAAAUUAUCAUCCAUACGCAUUCCUUCCAUUUGGUGCGGGUCAUCGUCAAUGUGUUGGACAAGAUUUAGCACGGUUCGAACUUAAAGUGAUUAUCGCAAGAAUGUUACAACAAGUUACAUUUGGCGAUGGUGGAUCGAAAGUUAAUUCAGGUGGACAUGUGACAGGUCUCACUAUCAGACCGAAAUAUGUUGGUGUUACCAUCGAGUUUCCUUGA